UACAUUUUUGAAGAUCGCAUUCGAUGGAGCAAAGGCAACCAUCUAUCUGUUAAAAGAUUUCGAGAGUCGUUCAUUAGAACCUACGGCCAUGAACGCGAGGUGGAUGUUUUUAUUCUUGAAGAUGGAAGACCCCUACGAGUCGUAGACGUAAUGCUAUCACGAAAAUUCUACUCUAAAGAGUUGCAAAUGUUGAGAUGUGCUAUGCUUAUGGAAGGAUAUCUUUCGUAUGUGGGACUCUUAGUGCCAAAACCAUUAACGGAAGAGAGUUUCGAUACAUCACGGUGGAGAAUAGAUAGGACCGCGCUUCUAGAAAUUAAUUUCUACUACACAAUGAUUGAGUCAUUAUUUGUUAGCGAUCGCUUCAAUCUGUCCGAAGAUUGUGAUGCCAAUAUUUUAUCAAUUGGUUUAGGAGGUGGAACAGUUACUAGCUUCCUGCAUCAAACAUUUCCUCGGAUGGAUAUAACCGUUGUGGAGAUCAGCGGACAAAUGCUGAACGCAGCUAGAAAGUGGUUUGGCCUUUUAGAAGAUGAUCACCAACGAGUCAUCCUGACCGAUGGAAUUACAUUUCUAGCUGAAAGGGCUAAGAAAGGAGCUUCUUACAACGCAAUACUGCUGGAUGCAUGUUUGCCACAGUUUGAAAGUGAUUUUCUUUGCCCUCACAAAUCAUUUACCGACGAAGAUGUUUUGAAAAAUAUCGCGACUUUGCUGUCCAAACAAGGUAUAUUAGUUGUCAAUGCUCUAUCCCCUAGGUAUGCCAACGAUUUAUAUUCCUAUAAAGACGACAAACCGUAUCAGUACUUAGUCAAAAAAUUCAAUACAGUUUUUGGACAUUGUGAGAGGCAGAAAACCGGCUCGCCUAAUCAGAUAAUUUACUGCUUACAUCAAAGUCCCAUGCCGAAGCUUCGUAUCAACACACAGCAGUUUCUUUCUGAGAAGGCGAACAUAAUCACGCAAAAGGGAGCAUAAUUGAUACGGU